CGACUACGACAAUCCGAAUGUAAACAAGUAGACGGCUACGAGAUUGUUCAUCCACUAUUAGUCACAUGGAUCAGCUAGCAAGGGUUACAGCAUCAUUGGCGUCAAAAAGCAAAACGAACCAUAGUCCGGGGUUGAUCCCCGACAGCAAAUGGAAGCCGAAGCCGUGACUCUUACUUCGGUUCCACGCCGACGCAACGGUCGCCAACAGGCCUGCGAGCCGUGUCGAAAGCGGAAACUCGCUUGCGACCACUCCCUGCCCACAUGCUCUCGGUGCAAGCGUCGCAACGCCGAGGGCGGCUGCGUCUACCUCGUCGCGUCUGCCAACGGCACCCCCGCGAGACCGCGCGCCGGUGAUGGUCUGCGUCAGAGGAGCACGCGGCCAGGCACCACCAGCACGCACUCGGCGCCGAUCAAUCCGGUUCGGGCACAGCCGCCUCACCAUGCGCGCCGCGCCUCGGAUCUGCCCUCGCCGCUGGCGUCGUCGUCGUCGUCGUCGGCGUCAAUGACUCCCGGCAGCGGCGGCGCUCCCCCGUCGCCGUCAAUCGCCCUAGACAACCCCGGCUACCUGGGCCCGACCAGCUUCUCGGCCGUCUUUAGGGAGGCCCAGGGCCACCUCAGCCCGGCACCCGCCCCGGUGAGCGGCGUCGACGGCCGCUGCCCUCCAGGCGUGGCGGCGGCAGCAACACGCCAUGCCGAGACGCCGUUCCCGCACAGGACGUCCCCCUGCAAGCUGGACCGCGCCGUCUCGCUCCUCCAGGCCCUCCCCAACCUCCAGACCGCCCGGCUGCUGGCCGAGAUCAACGUCAGCCCCAUGGACGCCUGGGUGCGCCCCGCGGCCGUGCACAUGAUGGAGUCCAUGUACGCCGUCUUCUUUGCGUCGUGCGACGGCCGGCCCACCUCGUCCCCUUCGACCGCGGAGCUCCGCGCCAUGGCCGAGCUGAUAUUCGCCAACACGGCCACGACGCUCAACGACGACAUUGACGACCCGGCGGCUUGGAUGGCCAGCUUCUCGGGCCGCAACAUGCGCUGGGAGUCGGUGGGCGAGGUGUUUGUGAUAUUCGCCUUUGGGGCGCUCGAGCUCAACGCCAGCUGCAACUGGGAGCAGAUCCGGGCCGGCGUGGCCGGGACCGUCUUCGAGGGCAAGGAGGACCGCACGCUGGCCCUCGGCUGGAAGGACUGCGCGGCCAAGUGCGCCGAGUUCUGCAAGGGCGAGCAGCCCAGCUCCCUGCUCGUGAGCCUGUACCACAAGAACAUCGUGCUCGAGUCCAUGGACUCGGGCGACACGAGCUUCUUGUCCUUUACCCUCUGCGCCGAGGCCGUCGCCCUCUGCCACUACCUGGGCCUGCACGUCGAUCCGGCCGCCGGCGACGACCGAGCUGCCAAGGUCACGGCGUCGGCCGAGGCGCGGAGGCGCGCCUGCUGGGGCAUCUUCACCAUUGACAAGAUCGGCGCCAUCUGCACGGGCCGCCCGCCGCUCUUCAACCGGAGGUACAUGUCCACGCGCAUGCCGCUCGACGUGUCCAACGAGGACCUCCUGCUGCCUCAGGACCAGCUCGAGGAGGCGGUGCGGCUCAAGGUGGACGAGAACGGCUGGAAUCGGGACAGGGACAGGCUGUACCCAGUCAAGUACGUGAGGGCCCGGAUCCCCAUGAUAGUCAUACGGGAUGAGAUAUUGGAGCUGGCGCUGGGGCCGGCCGAUACGUUGCAGCGGAGUUAUGACCAGCUCAUUCGACUGUGCCGAGACUCGGGACGCUGGUACAAGUCGCUCCCCCAGCUGCUCAGCUACAACCACCUCGACAUCAAGGACUCGUCAAUGGACGUCACCGUGCUGUACGCCAAGAUCAUGCUCCGGCUCGAGCACCUGCAAAACGUCUUUUUGAUCGAGCGGCUGCUGAAAAAGGUCGGACACCCGGACCCGUCGGACGCGCUGCUGCAGGCCAGCGUCGAGAUUGUCAGCAUAACGUCGGCGCUGUGGACGCACCGUGACCGGCUCUGCGGGCAACAUCGGGAUUUUGAGUGGAUUCUCAUCUCGUAUGCCGCACCGGCCAGCGGAGUGCUGUGCGGGGAGCUCCUGCAGCCCCUACGUCAGCACGCGAGCGACAAUCACAGCAUAUCCCGAUCCAACAUCAUCCAGCAGCUGAGCCUGCUGGUAGGGUUCCUCGACUGGAUCGACACGUCGGCGCCAAACGCGCGGCUGUGCUGUGCCGUCAAGGAGGCCAUCGAUCGCGUGCUGGCCCAGGUGCUCAACAAGCCAUGCCAGCCGUGUCAUCCAGCGGCGCGAGCCGAACCUGCCCAGCCGGCCACGGCCACGACGACCACUUCGGCGGCGACGGUCGGCGCCACCCUCGGCGUCGCCGAGCCGGGGCACUCUGGAGGGCUGGUCGAGAUGCAGGCGUCGAUGGGUGGACACGGCGCUCAGCACCACUAUCAGCAGCAACAGCAGAUGCUGCUGCAGGAUCUGGACUUUAUGACGAGCGACAUUACCGACUUUUUCAACCUCGACCUGCUCGACACGUUUGACUUUUUACGACCCGAGCCUACGUGAAAAGAGGAUGAGGGGGUUGUGAAUGAAGAAAAAAAAGAGAGAAAAGAAUAAAAAUUACAAAUAGAGCCCAUACCGCGAUGCAUAUGUGUAAGAAAGUACUAUCCUAAUUUUACGUAAAAAAAGAAGGAUCCGGAAAAAAAAACCUAAAUCGUCAACACAAUCUCCUAGAUUCCAGUCCGUCGGAUAGACGAAACCACCGACGAACUGUUCGUCUCUCUCCCCAAAAAGGUAUCAAUCACUCACUCCAUCGAGGAGAACCACCCCCAAGCACCAUCUUUCGUCUUUCCAUGUCCCUCCCUCACUAGAUGUUUCAUUGUCUUGCAACCGUUGGUCAUUUAGGCCCGUAAAAAAAAAGAGAAAAAAAAAGAAAGAAAAAAAAUCCACAAUCUAUAAUGACAACGACCGACUUUUGUUUGCCGCUCAAUCACGCCGUCUUGACGACACCAGUCCAGGUCCACAGGAAGGGGUU